AUGGCACCCGCGACAAGAAGACACAAGGCGAUGCCGAGGGAGGUCGCCUCGAUCAUGAUGGAGUACGACGCCAUCAAUGCCAGAGCCACCGACUACGACGAGCGCGCCAAUCGUGUCGGCUACCACGUCAACCUCAUCAACUUCGAGGCACGUUGGCGCCACCCCAAGAAUCCUCACCUCCAAGACCUCGCUCGCCAGGCCUUCCUGAACGCAAGACCGCACGACGUCGAACCAACCAUCCUCUACCAACAUCAGCCCUUCGCUCACCCGUACGGUCCCCCUCUUCGCUCUCCCCGCGUGUCGUUCACGCCGAGUUUCAGCUACGUCACCCACAUCGACUUCCACAUGCCACGCACCACGCGCGUGGCGCACGACCUCAUCAUCGACAAGAUCUUCGCCGUUUGUCCACAGCUCAAGACCCUGCACGUCGUUGUCCGUGGCUUGGAUGAGGCUGGAGACAGCUGGGAUGCGCUCGAGGAAGUCGUCGACUUGAUGCACUCCAUCGAAAUUGCCCUCAGCAAAAACACCACGGUUCGAGUGAAGACGCUGGACUUCUGCCCUGAGUUUGUUGGAAUCUCAGAGACCCUCAUGCCAUACAACAGCGCAAACCCGCGUCGCGUCCGGAUUGGCAAAUGGGACUUGCGCAGCUACUUCGAACAGGUCCAACCUCUGCAAAUGCUGAUCAAUGAGUUCACUCUCAAGCAUGGUCACUAUCUCGUUACCGCCAUGUACUACAUGGCUCUCCUGAAAGAGUUUCGCGGAUAUCAGGUGGACGGCUUCAAGUGGGCCUUCGAUCAGGGCCAGGCGGUACCGGGAUUCCUGGCCAGGGCAGCGUUGGCGCAUCCUAAGCAGAAGACGAUAUUCGAGCCAGAGAUGCGGCAGGCAUUGAAGGAGGUGCUGGACCAGAAGGCGGUGAAUCGGCUCCAUUGGCCCACGCGGCAUUGA